GAAAGACCGCGGCGUCCCCACCUCCUUUCUCGGUAGCUCCAAGGAGAGAACGGGUUUACUGCACGGGGACGCCGCCAGCCGCAUCUUUUCUCCGCUUCGGGCUUAAAACUGGAUGGAAGCCGCCCUUGGGGAGGGCUUGGUGGAACCUCAUCGACUCAUAACGGGAAUCCCUCAGCGGAUACUGCUGCUGCUGCCGUCCGCGUUCAAUUCUUGCGGCUGCCCGCGGGCUGCGAGAUGUUGAGCUGCAGCUCCAAGAAAGCGCUCGGGGGGCCCGGUUCGGUGCUUGCGCGCGCCUGAGUCGAGAGCACGACGACUGAUGGACACGGAGUCCCGGGCACAGCUCGGGGCUACUGCUGCUGCUGCUGCUGCAUCUCGGGAGAAGGGUCGUGUGAACGACGAGCCGCGGAGGGACCCAACGCUGCUGCCUUCGUAUGGGUGGGAUGCUGGGCGGGCUACCCAUUCCGGGCCGUCUCGUUGGGCAGGGGGCUUAAGAGGUGGCUUUUAGAGUUGGGUUUUUUAAAGAAAAAAUAUUCUUAUUAGUUUCAUUUGGAAAGCCGAGGGGGGAGUGUGGGUGUGGGUGUAGGCGACCACAAGCCCGUCCAUGGCCAACCCGCGGCGGUGCAUUGAGCUGGAGCAUUUCGAGGAGCGAGACAAAAGGCAGCAGCGCUCGGGCUCCCGCCGGGGAGGGGGCAGCUCCACUUGUAGCAGCAGCUCGGGCCCCAAAGGUAACGGGCUCAUCCCCAGCCCCGCGCACAGCGCCCACUGCAGCUUCUACCGCACGCGCACCCUCCAGGCCCUCAGCUCGGAGAAGAAAGCCAAAAAGGCGCGCUUCUACCGCAACGGCGACAAGUACUUCAAGGGCUUGGUCUACCCCAUUUCCAGCGACCGCUUCCGCUCCUUCGACGCCCUCCUGGUCGACCUCACCAGGUCUCUGUCCGACAACGUCAACCUGCCUCAGGGCGUCCGGGCCAUCUAUACCGUCGAUGGCAGCCGGAAGGUCGCCAGCCUCGAAGAACUGGUGGAUGGUGAAAGUUAUGUAUGCGCUUCCAAUGAGCCAUUUCGGAAAGUUGAUUAUACUAAGAAUGUUAAUCCAAAUUGGUCUGUCAACAUAAAAUCUGGGUCAUCUCGAUCCUUCACAUCUUUAACAUCUGCAAAAAGUGAAAUAAGGGAGAGCAAAGACUUCAUUAAACCUAAACUGGUAACUGUUAUACGCAGUGGAGUGAAGCCACGAAAAGCUGUGAGAAUUUUGCUGAAUAAAAAAACUGCUCAUUCCUUUGACCAAGUGUUGACUGACAUAACAGAAGCUAUUAAGUUAGAUUCAGGCAUUGUCAAGAGAAUUUGCACAUUGGAUGGGAAACAGGUUACCUGUUUGCAAGACUUUUUUGGUGACGAUGAUGUUUUUAUUGCCUGUGGACCUGAAAAAUACCGUUAUGCUCAAGAUGAUUUUGUUCUGGACCAUAGUGAAUGCCGUGUUAUGAAAUCAUCUUAUUCUCAUGCAUCUGGAACAACAAGGUAUUCUGGAUCUAAAAGUCCUGGACCUUCACGUCGAAGCAAAUCCCCAGCUUCAGUAAAGAGGGGUGGCCAGUACUCCAGUACAUGCUCUUCAGCAAAAUCCCCAGUCAGUGGAGCCCCCAGCAGCCAGAUUUCUACUCCUAAAUCAGCAAAAUCAUCUAGUUCCUCACCAACAAGUCCUGGAAGUUUUCGGGGACUCAAGAUUCUCCCUCCUUGUGAAUCUUCUAAUGUAAAUGGUGUGCCUGAAAUAUCUCCUUCCCUGAGUCCCGAAGGUAUAAAUGGAAACAAGUACUCUGAGACAGCCACCAUUCUUGAAAAGUACAAAGUGGGAAAAGUGAUUGGUGAUGGUAAUUUUGCAGUGGUAAAGGAAUGCAUAGAACGAUCCACCAGAAAGGAAUUUGCCCUGAAGAUUAUUGACAAAGGAAAAUGUUGUGGAAAGGAGCACUUGAUUGAAAAUGAAGUGUCAAUUCUACGCCGUGUGAAACAUCCGAAUAUUAUUAUGCUAGUAGAGGAAAUGGACACUGCGACGGAGCUAUAUUUGGUGAUGGAAUUGGUCAAGGGAGGAGAUCUUUUUGAUGCUAUUACAUCUUCAACAAAGUACACCGAGCGUGAUGGAAGUGCAAUGGUCUACAAUCUAGCCAGUGCACUGAAAUAUCUUCACGGUCUCAGUAUUGUCCACAGAGACAUCAAACCUGAGAAUCUUCUGGUCUGUGAAUAUCCAGAUGGUACAAAAUCCUUGAAGCUAGGAGAUUUUGGAUUAGCCACUGUAGUUGAAGGACCUCUUUAUACAGUCUGUGGCACACCAACCUAUGUGGCUCCAGAAAUCAUUGCAGAAACAGGUUAUGGCUUAAAAGUGGACAUUUGGGCUGCAGGUGUCAUUACAUACAUUCUCUUAUGUGGGUUUCCACCAUUUCGUAGUGAGAACAACAUUCAAGAGGAUCUUUUUGAUCAGAUCUUAAUUGGAAAGCUGGAAUUUCCUUCUCCAUAUUGGGAUAACAUCACUGACUCUGCUAAGGAAUUAAUUAGUCUGAUGUUACAAGUAAAUGUGGAAGAACGAUAUACAGCUGCUCAGAUAUUAAACCAUCCUUGGGUAUCAGAUGAUGCCUCUCAAGAAAAUAAUAUGCAAGCUGAAGUAACAGGUAAAUUAAAGCAGCACUUUAACAAUACACUUCCCAAGCAGAAUAACCAAAACGCAGGAGUGUCUAUUAUCAUGAACACAGCUCUAGAUAAAGAAAAUCAGAUAUUUUGCAACAAGCGCUGUCAAAUCCCAGAUCAAGCUGAUGUGAAAUAAAUCACCAAGAUAAUUCCUGCUUCACAGCCUUGUACAACUGAUCACAAGUUGACUUCUCCUGCUGCUUCUCAGUUGCUCAGACUCUCUUCCUACCUUGAAUCAGCAUGUCAUGAGCCUGCAAGAUUAAUUUUAAGAAAAGUUCUAAUGAAAUCCACAGCUAGGUCAGCUACUGUUUUCUUAAACUUGCUACUUUAUUUUUUUUUCAUGUCUAAAAAGGAUGCAGGUUGUAUGUACAGUAGAUUUUAGUACUCUACCUAUUACAUUUGGGAAUUCUUAUGUCUUUAAAUGAAUUUGUGUUCAGUAUAAUUUCAAUCAUGCAAAUGAAUUUAUCUUCUCAUACUUGGAUAUACAAACUUUAAAUAGGUAUAACUAUUAAGGAGCCUUGUCCAACAAAGUCUAGAUUUUCUAAAAGAAAUGCUAGACAAAAAAAGGAGUGGAACUCAUUUCUUAAAUUUAAAAAUGCAGGUCUAAAAUCCUGAAGCAAGAUUAUUCCCAGUGGCAAUUUGUACAAUAUUAAAAGGCAAGUUGUGGAGAUUUGAAUAAUGGUGUGAAUGGAUAGCACACUUAUCUUUGACAUUAAACUUUUUGAUUAAGUACCAUCAAGUUAGUGUUGACUCUAAGUGAUCACAUAGAUAAGAAACAUAAAUUUAAACUGUGGAAUUUAAUAUAGAAUAAUUCAAUCAUUGACAAUCAUUUUGCAACCAACCCCAUUUAUGAAUGAGUGUGUUUUGAAGAUUGCAGUUAGUAAAGAUUUCUCUGCACAGGUUGUUUCCUGCUUCUCCUUUUCUGUCAUGAAUGACCAGGGUUUUUGUUUUUUUUCUUGGAACAGAAAGCUUGCUGCAUGGUGCAUUGUCUAAAAAAAGAGCAGUAUAUUUAUAGCAAGCUAGUGUAAUAAAUGAACUACUAGUCACCAACACAGAAUACUGUCAGCAUUGUAUUUUUUUAAUUAGCCCACUCUUAAAGAAAGUCAUCAAAUAUAAUGCUAAAUGUGCAGUGAAGGGUAAAUGGAGUUAUAUAUUAAUGCUUGUUUCAAUAUUGUAUUUCUCUGCUUGUUUUAUUUUUUCUUUCUAACAAUUUUAAAUCAUUUUCUAUUAGCUCUUUACAUUAGAACUAAGAACUGCAAUAAACAUUUUUCUUCAAAAGAGUAAGUAGUAAUUCUUUUGAGAACUUAUAAAGCAAAUCCAGGAUAUGUAAUUAUCUUGAUUUCCUUCUAUUCUGAGUACACAUUAUGUUCUCAAAUUUGAUAACAUAAUUUUAUUUAAUAGGAUCAGGCUGUUUUCUUUUAUUUUUAUGUUUCAGGUGUAUAUUAUUACAAUAGAAAACAUUCUGAGUAUAGCUAUAUAAUUGUGUCAUUCAGUUAUUUCCAGAUAUUAUUUGGUUUUACACUUGACUGUCUUCACCUUAACAUUUGCUUAUAUGUUUAAAUCAGAAUGCCUGCUAAGAGAUUUUAUUUUUUUUAGGUAUGAUAGCAUACUUAGUAUAGUCUUAAUUUUGCUUUGGCCACUUUUAGUGCAAAUUAAAAGAUAUUAGUCCCCAUCCCUGAUGUAACUCUUGUAUUAAAAUUGACCCACAAAAUUACCAGAAAGUAGCACACAUUAAGCAAGUCUAAUGUGAAAAUAAUUGUUAAGCAUAAUUUUAAAAAAAAUCUGGACAUUUCUUUCUGCAGUAUUUCAGGUGUUCUGUUUGCUUCUGUAAAUAUUAAGCAUACUCUUUUAAAACUUUCUAUAAAGAUUUAAGCAGAACUACACAAAAGUUAUUAAAAGAAAAAACCCAAGCAAUAUAUAUUUCAAAUAUUUCAGGUCCAAAUAUUUAAAUAUUACAUUUUAAAAGAAACAAUUUUUGCAUCUCCAUGAAUCUCAUAUGAAGUUGCCCUCUAAGCUUUCAAGUUUGAAGUAUUAGUCAUAUAAUUAUUUCUUCCAUUAUUAAAUACAUAUAAUAUUUUAAGAGAUGUAUACUUGCUGAUGCUAUAUUUCAGCAAGUGUAAUGGAUCCGAAAUUACUUUCCCAAAUUAUGUUUUCUGAAAUUUCCAUGUUAUCCCCUUCCUUUUUUCUGCCUCCUCCUCCCUUCUUAUUUUACUCAGCUAGAUUAUUUAUUCAGAUCAGUAUUGUUUCUGCCUACUAAUACUGGCUCUUGUUCUUACCUGUAAUAAUGAAAAAAGAACUACCUCUUUUAUAUUCUUGAUUUCAACAGCCCCUAUGAAAUCAGUAAUACUCAACAUUAUUGAUUUCAAACAGUGGGAAAUAGGGAACAAUUUCAAUGUUGGAUUGUGGCAAUGUUCCCACCAACUCUGUGUAUUACCUUUGUCAAAUUUAACUUCAGUCUUCAGUCUAAUCAAUUCAGACUGCAAUACUGAAACUUCAGACUUAAAUACUCAAUUUUCAGUCAACAUAAACAAAAUCAGGACCAUAUUGUGCCUGUGCUUCAGGAGCUUAAUUUUGAAUAGUCUGAGAUUAAUCAGUCAACUGUACACAUAUGAAUGGCUCUAGAUCAGCAUAAUUUAAUGCCUAUAAUUUCUUUAAUAAAAGAUAAAAGAUUUAUACGAUCCGAGGAGAAACCAGAUUAAUGCCUAUGAUUUCUAGCUUUUAAUUUAUUUCUAGCAUCAUACUCAAUGUUUAAUAUGUAGUGACAAAUUCAGCUUUAAUUUAGUUUUUCCCCUCAGUCUUAAGGGUUCCAAUUGGUGGUCCAUAUCCAGUAUACUUUAAAACCAAUGUUCAAAUAGUUAUACCUCUUUCCCCAUUCUACUAGGGCCAUAAAUAUUUAUAUUAUAAUUUCUUUACAUAAAAAUGAUUUUAAAAAACUUUCAUCAGCUCACUGGCCAUGUGUCCAACUAUUAAAGAUGAUGAAAUGUUCCUGGUGAAAAACCACCCAGCAUCUCAUGCAUUGGCAAUUCUUUUCUGAUAUAAUUAAAUGGGGGG